CGGGCGGCCGCCCCUUCGCCGCCUCCCGCCGGUACCGAGCGGUUCGCGGGUGUCGGCGCUGCCCGGUCGCUGCCGCCGCCGCCGCCCACGGCCCCGCCUCCGCCUCCCGCGCCGGGACAUGGACUCCGACUCCUGCGCCUCCCCGUUCGCCCCGGAGGACUUCUCCCCCGCCUCCCGGCGGCACCGCACCGUGGAAGACUUCAACAAGUUCUGCACCUUCGUCCUGGCCUACGCCGGCUACAUCCCCUACCCGCAGGAGGAAACGCCGCUGAGGAACAGCCCCAGCCCUCCCAACAGCACUGGGGGUACGAUUGACAGUGAUAGCUGGGAUCCCCGGUUCAAUGACAUCUCCUCUUCUGUUUCCCUGCCCGCCAAGAACAGAAAGAACUUUAGUCAGCUUAAACGGGCGAAACCGUACGGUUCCCUGUUCCAGCGGGCAAAACCCGGCAACUUCCUGCCGGAACGAAAGCAAAUUGAUAAGAUCAGGAAGAAGAAAAAGCUGAAGAGGAGGGAAACAGAGGUGUCAGCAGAGGAGGACUACGAGGAGAAGCUGUUAGAGCUGGAGGCAGAGGACUCUUAUGUAGAGACGCCCAUGAGCCCCUCAUCCGAGGGUGACCCUCAGUCUGCGACUGAGCACUGCUCGGUGUGGGACUCUGACACGCCUUCCAGCGUCUCCUACCCUGCUGUGACAGCCGAGCAGACAGUGGAGAUCCAGAGUGUUGGCAAGCGAACGGUCAUUCGGCAGGGCAAGCAGGUGGUCUUUCGGGAUGAGGACGGCAUCGGCGACGAUGAGGACAUCAUGGUGGAUUCGGAUGAUGACUCGUGGGACCUAGUCACUUGCUUCUGCAUGAAGCCUUUCGCCGGGCGGCCGAUGAUUGAGUGUAAUGAGUGCCACACCUGGAUCCACCUCUCCUGCGCCAAAAUCCGCAAGUCCAACGUCCCAGAGGUCUACAUAUGCCAGAAGUGCCGGGACUCCAAGUUUGACAUUCGCCGUUCGAACCGCUCCCGGACGGGCUCGCGCAGGCGCUUUCUGGACUAGGGCAAGGAGGGGCGUGCUGGGGCGCUGCUUGGGCGGGCGGGUGAGCUGUGGACGCCGGCCGGGAGGCUGGGGAGAGCUCCCCCGAACUGCUGCUGCUGCUCAGGCUGAAGGGCUGCCCGCCCGGCCUGCGGUAACGGGGACGAGGAAUUGCCGCGUCAUGGGCAGCCGGGGCUGGAAGAGGCCGACUGGUCAAAACCGCUGUCAGAUUCUGAUUAGCUCAAGGGACAGACCGAGCUCUCUGGGUUCGUGGGGUUUUGGCUGGGUACAGCUAUGGAUUGGGUGAUGUCUGGGGAAUGUACAGUAUCUUUGCCACGUAUGUUUUCUCAUCCCAUCGGGAAACUGCAAACCUUCUCUGUGCUAGGAAACUCCCCCUCCUGAGGAGUUUCCAGAGAGGAGGAGGAAGAGGGAAUCUGUGUGAAGAGUCUGAAAAGUAAAUGGCCAUGUGUUUUAAUUUUAAUGUAAUAUUAUACCUGCCUGUUUUUUCCAUAUGUAUCAAUCUUUGAUAUCUAAGGCUCUGUAGGAGCGAGCAUCAAUGUGUACCGGCCUCUGCGCGAUCUGCCGCCUCUUCGGCAGGCCCGGGCAGCGAGGGAGUUCUGAGAUUUGGCAUCGUUUGAGUGAAAACAGGACUUCUUCCGGUGCCGAGGCACUGGCACAUUUGAAGGAAGAGAGCAGCCCUUUUCUGGACAGGCAGCGCUGGGGAUUGAUUGAUAAACCACAUUGGAUUUCUUCCUAGAAGGUCUCCUCUUACGGUGAUUUUUCGUGACUUUGUUUUGCAUGAUCGGCUCAAGUGUGUGUGUGGGGGGAUACCGUUUGCCCUGUUUCCCGGCCCUUCGUUACACUCUACGGUGCUGUUUUAAGAAGACGAUGACUCUCCCUUCUCAGCCCAGAAUUCAAACGUGGACUAUAAAAGGGGCCGUAGUAAACUUAGAACCUGGCAGGUCUGCUCUGGGAUUUGAUCGUUUCCAUCCGAGUACUACAGCAGAGUUGACUUUUGGUUUCACUGUUUGUUUUUUGAGACUGGAUUUGUAAUCCAAAAAACAGAGUCUUUAACCUAUCGGUUGCAAAUUAUAUGGAUAAAAGCCAACGCAGGCUAUGCAGCUGGCAAAAUGAAGUGCAAUGAAGACCCAUCUGGUGCAGGGGAGGACAGGAGAGUGCCAGGCCCCUGCCGACGCUGCAGUCCCUCAACGGGACGUCCUGGCGCCUCAGCCCAAGGGGAAUCCAUUGGGAAACAUGUCGGGGAGUUGAGGCUUGUACGCAAGGCUGCCAAGAUGGUGGCGUUCUCCUCAGUGGCCCAACAGAGUGAGCCGUAGGUAUCGCACAAAUUCGGCUUAUGUUUCAAGGUGUUCCUCUGAAGUUACACCUGAUGAAUGAUGCGUGCUCUGUCCGGUGAGGCCAUGAGGGAAGAGGAGUCACUGGCUGGUACCAGGCCAAGGUGAGACUAGCCAUGCUGGUAGGAAUGCGUCCACGUCAGUCCUGCAGAUGCACCACGUUGGACCACCGCCUUCUGAGUGCGGGCUCAUCGGGAGGCACAUCCUGCUGACGACCAGGGCUCUUUGCAGUACAUGGAGUCAGGUGCCCUCCGUCGGAUGACUGACACAGGGCCGCCAGGCGGAUGGUCCAGCACCACAGUGCCCUGGGGGUCCGCUGCGAGGGUCGCGGGUGCGGGAGGUCUGCCGCCCCGGGUCAGGGUGAUGGAGCUGCACGACGUGCAACGGUUCUUCAGUCCCACUUUAUAAAAAUCCCGUCCCACCAAGCUGCAACAACUGACUCUGGGUUCUGAAAAACAGCUUCUGCAACAUCUUUGCACCAUGACAGCGGUGCACUGCCUUCUGGAAGGUACGUGGAACCACCAAGGAGUUUGCCAAAGACUUGUCCCCGACAGCUGCCUGACUGUUCUCUGCAGCCAGAAAAAUAACCAAAGUUCCCAAAUGCUGCCAUUUCACUCCGCAAACAGAAAGGCUUUGGAAGACCCCGGCCGCAAGCUGCGCGAGGGCUGGACCUGCUCUGAAAGUCAGUGCCUCUGUGUUUACAGCACGUCUGUGAUUCAACUGGACCUUGGUGGAACGCAUUCCUGAAGCUUUUGGGGGAGAAAUGGCAAACCACCAAGCGAACUGCCUCUCUUUCACAGAGGUUCGAUGCUAAUCAAUGUGACUGACUCUUGUUCUGUUACCUUUUCAGAUUUAUCCCAAUAGAUGGUGUCUGACGAGUCCAGCACGUUACAGUAUCAGCAGAGAGGAAAAAAAAAAGUAACAUCUCCAUUCUUUUAGUUCAUCACUUUCAACCAUGUAUAAUUAUAGUUUAAUUCAGAACUUUAUUUUUUCAUUAAAACUGUUUUAAUGAA